CAUUUUGCUUUAGGGCCGUCUCCGCCUAUAUAAGAAGGGGCCCCCGGAAGAAAACUUCACAUCAGAUCUUAACUCGCUUUCGGUGAGUUCCAUUCACAGCCGGAAACUUGCCACCAACUUUUAAUCGCAACAUGGCCGUUCAACAGUUGAUUUUGAUCGCUCUCAUUGGCGCUGUCAUUGUAAAUGGAUUUCCAGUUCAAUCUCCACAAGCUGGAACUGAGGACGAGCGAUUGAAUUACGAAAAAUACGUUCGGCAAUUGGAGAAGAAACACAAAUUUGCUUACAACGAUAUCGACCAACCUUGGCAGCCGAUUUCAGCUGACGACUCCGUGGAGAAUGACAGCCAUGAAAUCGUCCUGCAAGUAGAUGCUUUCGUCUCCGCCAAACCGGUAGUGAGAGACACGAAACAUCAGACGUCAGAAUCACCCGUCGUUGCGGCAGAUGAAGCAGUCGUUCCAGUAACUGAGGCACAGAGUCAAGUUGUGACGUUGACGAACGUCGAGGACGCUGUCGCCGAAGACACUACGACGCAAGAGAAAAUCUUGGCCGAUCCAAUUGACAACGCCGUGCCAGCCACUACGACGCAAGAAAAACUGUUGGCCGAUGCUGAAGACGAUGGCCUUUCAGUGACUACAACGCACGAGAAACUGUUGGCCGAUGUUGAAGACGAUGGCCUUUCAGUGACUACAACGCACGAGAAACUGUUGGCCGAUGUUGAAGACGAUGGCCUUUCAGUGACUGCAACGCACGAGAAACUGUUGGCCGAUGAAGUCUUGGGUCAAAGUGAAACAGCCACUGAACAAGACGUCGCCACCAUUAGCCCUGUCAACGAGCCGGUGGAAGACAGCACGGCAUUGCCCGUUCUCAAAGUCGCUUUGAUCGAAGAAUCAUUGGUCAAGGUGGCCCAAGCUGAAGAGUCUGAAAUUAGCGAAGGAUCUGGCCAGCCCUUAACCGAUUUCACAAACGACGAAGGUUCUGGUGUCGCUGAAAUUGUCACAGCUGAUGCCUCUGAAGGCUCUGGCUCAGCCGACGAGUUGGUCAAAGAAAUUCAGACGACCAUCCAACCGGAAAUUUCCAAUGACGAAGUAGCCACAGAGACCGAAUCCACCUUGCUUUUGAAUAACGACGGCCUUGCUGAUGACGAAACAGAUUUGGCAAUCACCACAGAAGCAGCAGACACCAAAGUGGCUGCAAUUGUAGAACAACAGCUUGACGAGAAAGAGGUCAAGCCCACAGACAGCCCAUCUGCAGAUGAGGCCGAACACACGGAGGUCCAGCCAAGCUUGCCGAUAAAAAUCGCUCAAGUGGACGAUUCUAUUGAAGCGGUGACGACCGAUUCCUCUAUUGCAAUCAGUGACGUCCGACUGGAUUCGACCACAAAAGCUUCGGCGGAACCGGAAGAGAGCACCACAUUGGUCAACAUUAUCUUGAAGGAUGAAAUUUUAGCCGAUGAGGCGACACAAGAAAUUACAACUGAGCAGCCAGAUAGUCACCCACUAAGCACCCAGUCUGGUUUUUAGGUGUAGGGAAUCCUUUUCUUGUUCUCCAAAAUUCUCCGUGUUUCUGUUAUUAUUAUUAUUAAUAUUUUUUUUUUAACUGUGCGACCUAAUUAUAUUUCAAUUUUGGUCCCAUAAUUAUUUUACGGAACAUUCGCGUAAGUUCCAAUCGCUUCAAAUGUGCCGAUCAAUCUCAAUACAUUUCAAAUAAAAAAAAAAUGCGUA